AUGUUUGAGCCUCAAAACUUUCUUUUUCCUUCCCCACAGGGCGUGGACUUCGCGCCCCGCUCCCCGGGAACGCGAAUACUGAUGGCCGCCUGGUGGUUCUUCACGCUCAUAAUCAUUGCCUACUACACGGCCAAUCUGGCAGCCUUUCUGACCAUAUUUCUGCGCGUACCACCCAUUAACGGCUGGAUGGAUCUGCUGAAGAGUGACAUGCACUACGGCUCCGUGAACUCCGGCUCCACAAAGGACUUCUUCUUCAACACCCAUCUGGAGCCCUUUAGACAGAUGGGCGAGUUCAUGAAGCGCAAUCCCAGCGCCCUGUCGGACUCCGUGCAGCAGGGUGUGGAGCGAGUGCGCAAGUCGAAGGGCAAGUACGCCUUCGUCCUGGAGUCCCUGAUGAACGAGUACUACAACAAUCGGGAGCCUUGUGACACUAUGAUGGUCGGCAGUCCGUUUGGUAACUAUGGCUACGGCAUCGCGAUGCCCCGCAUGUCCCCCAUGAAGGAGGCCCUGAGCGACGCAGUGUUGAGACUGCGUGAGAGUCAGGUGCUGGCCAGUCUGCGCAAGAAAUGGUGGAUUGAGAGGGGUCAAUGCAACGAGGAGGACCAGCGUUCUGCCUCCAACGCCCUUGCACUCAUUAAUGUGGCAGGCGUUUUCUACAUCCUGGUCGGUGGCAUGCUUCUGGCUCUAGCAGUCUCACUUAUUGAGCUCGGUUAUUACCUUCGACGGAAGCGGAUUCUGCGGCGGAGGGCAGAACGCAUCGAGGAAGAUCCCUGGACCCUGCAGAGGUCGGCCAAAUCGCGCUAA